AUGAGUGUUCUCGAGGGUGGCAUCAUUGUACCCGAAAUGAAAAAGUACACACCACCGCUGAAAGAUCAGAACGGAUCAGAACUUCUUCAGAUGAAUGAAAUGUUCAGAGGAAGAUUCCAAGUCAGAGGUCUCAUAGGACGCGGAGGUUACGGUCAAAUCUACUACGCUUCUGAUCCAGUCUUCCCAGAUGACGUCGUCAUAAAAAUUGAGCCAGUUGUGAGACGUGGAAGUACUAGUAAACGAAUGUUGUUAGAGCAAAAGAUUCUGUAUCGUCUUCAAGGAAGACCACAUGUUCCUAUUAUGUGUGCAUCGGGACACACGGAUCAACUCAACUUUAUUGUGAUGCAGCUUCUUGGACCAAAUAUCGGGGACUUGAAAAAACGCAGUCCUGUGAAACGUCUCAGUCCGAGCACAGUCGCGAGAAUCAUAAUUCAGGGAAUCGCAGCUCUACGUGACGUUCACUCCCUCGGAUAUCUACAUCGUGACGUCAAGCCGGCUAACAUGUGCUUCGGAAUCACGCAAAACACUCGCCAUGUCUUAAAACUUGUCGAUUAUGGCCUAGUGAGAAGAUUCAUGAAUCCAGAUGGAACACGUCGGAAACUACGCAACCGACCCGGAUUCAGAGGAACACUUCGUUAUGUUUCCGUUCGUGUUCACGAUCGAAAAGAUCAAAGUCCAGCUGACGAUUUUGUGUCAAUGGCUUAUUCUGGUGUCGAAUUGCUUCUUGUGAAUCUUCCAUGGAAGUUGACUCAUAUUGAAGAUCUUAGAAAUGCAAAGGAAGAGUUUCAGCAACCAAAUUCUCCGUUCCUACAACUCACCGGCCCUGCCUACACAAUUUUUUGUGCGGCUGUUUUCAGUCUUCGUUCGAGUGACCAGCCUGAUUAUUCCGCUUUGCAAGCUCUUCUUUUUGAUAUGAUGGGCGACAAAUCCAUGAAAGACGCUUAUGACUGGGAGGAGAAUUACCGAGAUGCAUAUGGAAGUGCGGUUUUAGGAUCGAGCUCAGAGAAUAAGGAUAUUUGA